GAAAAUAAUUAAAUUGAAUGAAUGCGUAAGAUAUAUUCCACUUUCUCUGAAUUGUAGGCUAUUGUAAAUUGUUUCCUUCACUGAGUUAGUAAUCUAAGUUCAUUUAAAGUCUAAGAUGUCUAACGGUAAGUCGACGAAUGAAGGAAUGGAAGAUUUGAUCAUUCUGGUUAAUAGCAUACAGGACCUUUUAACACCCUUAAAUUUAAAUUUUACUGUUCAGUUGCCACAAAUUGCUGUUGUAGGUGCUCAAAGUGUUGGAAAAAGUAGUGUUUUGGAAAAUAUCGUUGGAAGGGAGUUUAUACCCCGAGGUAAAGAUAUUGUGACACGAAGACCUUUGAUUAUUCAACUUAUUAAUUCGGAUGAAGAAUAUGGUUUAUUCCUUCAUAAACCAGAUGAAGUUUAUACAGAUUUUAAUGCAAUCUGUAAAGAAAUUCAAGAUGAAACAGACAGAGAACUUGGAAAGCAGAAGAAUGUGUCCACUAAACCAAUUAACUUGAAGAUAUAUUCUCCACAUGUUGUAAAUCUGACAUUAGUGGAUUUACCUGGUUUAACGAAAGUGCCUGUUGGUGAUCAACCAUCCAACAUAGAUGAAAUCAUACAUAAAAUGGUGAGAGAUUUUGUUGAGUCUGAUCAUACAUUAAUUUUGGCUGUAUCUUCUGCAACUCAGGACAUAGCUACUUCUGAUGCACUUAAAGUUGCUAGAGAGGUAGAUCCUCGUGGAGAAAGAACAAUUGGAAUAUUAACACAUUUAGAUUUAAUGUCACCUGGAACAAAUGCAUGUGAUGUGCUGGAAAAUAGAGUAUUUUCAUUAAAAAGAGGCUAUGUGGGAGUAGUUAAUCGAAGUCAAGAUGAUAUUGAAAAAAGGAAGGAUAUUAAGUAUGGAUUACAGAAAGAGGAAGAAUUCUUUUUAUCAACAAAAUGCUACAGAGAUAUGGCUGACAGAAUGGGUAUCAAAUAUUUACAACGACUUCUAAAUUCCCAAUUAAAAUGUCAUAUUAAAGAGAGAAUACCCAACAUAAGACAAAGUUUGUAUCAAAAUUUAAUCAAAUUCAGAAAUGAGUUAGGUGCCUAUCAAGAUAAUUAUGAUGACACUGAUGCUAGCCGUAUUGGAUUUAUAUUACAACUGGUGAAUAAAUUUAUUGAACACUUUAAAACAUCUCUUCUUGGUUUUUCUGAAAAUAUUGAAUUAGAAUCUAUUAAUGCUGGUAGUCUGAUAAAUAAAUCUCUUUACAAUGAAGUUAUUAAAAAAAUGAAAAUAGAGAUGAAUAUAACUGAAGAUAAUAUCAUGAGAGCCAUUUUGAAUAAUAAUGCAAUUAGAACUGGACUUCUUGUGCCUCAGCUGGCAUUUGAUUGCCUUUGCAAAGAAAGUAUAGAACGUUAUAAAGUUCCUUUAUCAGAAGCUAUUAGUUAUAUAAAAGAUCUAAUGUUUAAUGCAGUCGAAUCAAGUGCAUCUUUAGUAAGUUUUUUCAGAUUGUAAUAAUAAUAAAAUUAU